AGUUCUUGACAUGAAAAUAAUCAAUAUAAACAUGAACGAAAGGAAAUGGAUAGAUUUAGAACUCAAUUAGUAAAAAGUAUUCAAUAAGGCUUAAUUAAAGUCAUGUUACACGGGCUGAAUUCUUCAGUCUUUGCAUAAAUUAUGGUUUCUACACAUACUACGCUUUAUUUAAGAGUUUCAGAGGCGAAAGAACUCUUGGCAAAAGAUUUCAAUGGCAAAAGUGAUCCUUACUGUGUUAUUAAAGUUGACAACGUGGUCAUAGCCAGAACUGCAACAGUGUAUAAAACACUGGAUCCACUAUGGGGAGAAGAGUUCAUCCUUCAUAUGCCGAGUGGGUUUCAGAUUCUGAGUUUUUAUAUUUAUGAUGCAGAUAAAGUCAGCAGUGGCGAUGACAUUAUUGGUGUUGCUUCUGUUACUAGAGAUUACAUGUAUGAAAACAAAAAUCCUAAAGGUCUUGAAACAUGGCUCCCACUACAGAAAGCUAACAAAGACCUUGAGAUCCAAGGAGAAAUGUUACUAGAAUAUGGCAUUCGUACAUCUGAAGCCACUGGGCAGUCUUAUGUCUUUGUGACAGUUAUGGAAGGAAGAGAUCUGGCAGCUAAAGAUAAAACAGGAUAUUCAGACCCUUACGUGACUGUUACUUGUUUUGAUGAGACCAAAGCUACAUCAAAACAAAAAAAGACCAGGUUUCCUGAAUGGAAUGAGACUCUUGAAUUUUCUUUACCUGAAGACACAUGUAUUGCUGAUCUGAGUGUGAUAGUAACAGUGUGGGACAAGGACAACUUCAGUAGUGAUGACUUCAUGGGGCAGAUUCACUUGGAUUCUGAAGAUGUGACACAUGGCACCAUAAGAAACUGGCACGCUGUGGCCAGGAGACCAACAAGCGACAGAUGGGCAAGGAGGGCCAGUCGAAUAGACAGAGGGAAGAUCCGUGUAAAACUCCAGCUUCUAGAAGAAAUAGUGCUACCUUCUUCAUGUUACAGACCAUUGAAUGAGUUGCUGGCUGAUGCUGUGAAGAUGCCAACAACUCCACAAAGCAGAGACCUUGGCCAGUUGAUCUGGGAUUUGCUGGAGCAGGACAGGACAAUCGAGCUGGGUGCCAUCGCAAUGUCUUUAGUCAGGUUUUACUUAAGCCAGGAGCUGAUAUUUGAGUUCCUGGAUGCUGUGAUUCUCAGGGAUAUCUCCAAGACCGAUGACGUCAACACCUUAUUCAGGGGUAACACCCUUGCCACCAAAGCUGUAGAUAAUUUCAUGAAGGUGCUAGCCAUGCCCUAUUUACAACGAGUGCUAAAACCCCCAGUAGACAGAAUCAUCAACGAGAAAAAAACAGUUGAACUGGACCCAUUUAAAGUGAACAGUGUUCGCACGCGUCGACACAGCUUGCACCGUGAAUCUGAGGAAAGUUUUGUUAACCAUAGCUUGGAGGCUGUAGAGGACUACACACUGGAGAUAGUCAACAGCAUCGUGAGGUCAGUGACCUACUGCCCGCAGGUGCUGCGUCGUGUCCUCAGAAACAUUCAGAUUAGAGUCCGGGAGAAGUGGCCGGAGGAAAUGUUUGAGGACGUGCCAUACAUAGCAGUGAGUGGAUUUAUCUUCCUUCGAUUCUUCGCCCCAGCUGUGAUGUCUCCGAAGCUGUUCUCUCUCAGUGACCAACAUCCCAGCCACAAGGUCAUACGCACAUUCACACUGUUGGCAAAGAUUGUCCAGAGUAUCGGCAAUCUGACGCCAGCCACCUUGGGCAAAGAGGCUUGGAUGGAACCACUGAUUCCACUCAUCACACAGAAGAUCUCAGAGGUCAAGGAGUAUUUGGACACCCUAGUGGAUGUUGGAGAUUUCUCAGCCGCACAUCGCUACUUGGUGAGGCAACAGAGCAAUGAAACAGUCCUGAUUCAAGGGUACCUCUACAAGUGUCACUACCACUGCAAACGUCUCUUCCGUCCUAUUGUGCUGAAGAAGUGUUACUUUUACCUAACUAGGGUCAUGCUAUGCUACAGGAAAACACCAGAAGAUGAGGACACGAUGGUGAUGGUAGAUAACAUUUGUGCUGUGGAAAAGCUGGACUAUGGAGCCCUGGGCAAGUCCAACAUGGGCCAGAUUAUACACAAGACAUCAGAUGAGAGUACGGCCAUCAUAUACUUUCAGGCCAAGGAUGUGAAUGAAUUAACAGCAUGGAUCUCAGCCAUUAGAAAGACUUGUAAAUACAACAUGUGCAGGAUUGAGACUUUUCACCCAGGUGUUUUUAAAGGAGACAAGUGGAACUGUUGUCGUAGAGAGCAAGACAUUGCACCUGGUUGCAGUCCUACCUACCAUGGGGUUGUUCUUGGUGAUUGGCAGGACCCUCUUGAUCCCGAUGUGGAUGCACAAAUUAUCUACAGUCAAAUAGCUCACAGCAAGGAUAAAAUCAGAAAAAUGCAGCAUGACCUAAGAAUGACACUGGCAGGCAAUGACCCUGCCACCACAUCAGUGCCAAGUGAUUCCAAUGAUGCAGCAAUGGCAAGCCUGGCACUUGUCUCUGGUCUCCUUGAUGUCACAGAGCAGCUGGCUAUGUCGCACCAAACUUUUGUUGAGUCAAGCCCUCGUCUCUCCCACACAUGUCGAUCUCGGAGUGUCAGCAGCAACGUCAGCGGUGACGAUAUUUUGUUUUAGUGCUU